ACACAAACGCGUCCUUGUUCAACAAUGCCGUGACGUAUGCGAGCUAGUUGGUGCCAUCACCAGUUUUCACCGCAAUACACGUAGGCAAAAAUUAAUCUCUCCGCCAUUUUGGUUUCCCGAGGAAAUCGGAGCAGUGUUUUCAGAUUCUACUGGAUCUACAGGUUUGGUUUCAAUCUCAGCAGGAGAAAGUCAAAACACCACGAUGCUCCCGGCACCUCCGAUUCAGACCGUGCAGAUGCAGGUGGCCUCCCCGCAGCCUCCCCGGCGCAGUCGGUACUCCUGCUCGGUCAAGUCGCUGGGGAUUCUACAGAUCAUCCUGGCCGGAUUAUCGGCCGUUUUUGGCAUUGCAUCCGCUGUCACCUUUUACUAUGGCAUCGGAGUUAUUGGAUCUAGUGCUUGGGGAGGGCUCGCGUUUUACCUCCCCGCUGGAAUCCUGGGCAUAUUGUCCGUUUCGGCCAGUGUUACUUCGCGAAGAUGUUUGGCUAUUGCAUGUUUGGUCAUGUCCAUUCUCUCGUCGAUCAUGGCUGGUGUCAACCUCAUAGUGUACGGCUUCGGCGUGGGGCAAGUUGGUCCUUACGGCUACCUCUUUGGCUCUACGCCAGUAGCGCUGAACUCGAUUGUCUUGGUAUUUUCUCUAACGGAGCUGGUUGUGUCGAUCGUUGCUUCCGUCUACUGCUGUUACGUCAUGAACGAAUACCAGCAGACCACCACCACGAUUCAGUACGGACACCCAAACGUGUAUACGUACAACCAACAACCGGCUGCCUACCCCGGGCCAGCCGUCGCCCAGGCUCCUACAAUGCUUGUAACCAACCAGGCCGCUGCUGCUGCCCCGCCCCCUACCUACGGGAUCGCCGCUUCAUCCGGCAUAGGUGACGCUGGAAAGGGCAACUUGGCUUGAGUUUGCUUCACGAAACAGCCGUCGGUUUUUCCUGAGUAUCAACGGGCGACUUUAAUUGACCUAGACGUCACCUAUGCGAAUACUUAAAACUAUGCGUCAAGAGAAAUCGUUAGAAAGACAAAACAAAUGGUCCGAUGAAAAUUGACCCUUUUUUUCCUUUUUUUUUUUGUUUGCUUUUCUCUUUAAUAUACCUGCUCUUGUGUAAAACAUUUGAUAUCAAAGUCUGAAAGCAGAAGAUUCAAAACUGGUAAAAAUUUACUUGGGAGAAAUGGAGGGAAAUAUUGUUUGGACUCUUCUAAGCGAUCGCGAGAUAAUCAGAGGUAUAUAGGUAUUACUUUUUUUUACUCAGUAUGCCUCACUGCAUAAGAACUUGUAGUAUUCUUGCUGGUGCCCUGUUUUGGAAAGAAAAAAAAUGUGCAAAAUCAUUAUACAGUACAUUAGCGUGGUCGGCAUUUAAUGAGAAUAUGCAAGUCUUCUGCGAUAACUUAGUGUGAGCUUGAAUUUCGCAAUUAUUUUGCAUUUUUUCAUGAAUAUGGUUAUUAGCCUCCCAUAUAGAAAAGUACAGACAUUUUGUAUAAUAUAUGUAUUUUAGUUGAAUAAUUGAAGAUAGCUUUAUAAAGCUUAAAUUAAAUAACUUUUGUAUUAGACAGUACCUUUGUGGUAAAUUCCGCUUUUUUAAACUGUAUACAAUAUGAUUCUAUUUUUGCUAUGUUACACAGUCUUUCAAGUGGCCUUUUAUUCCUUUUUUUCCCUGCGAUAUCAUUUUUCGUUCGUUCCACUACAGAGAGACCUUACAAUACGGUUGUUGCAGGGUUACACAGGUCAUAAUCACGACCGGGAAUGCAGUUUACCGCCAACAUGAGGAAUAGGAAGGAAACAUACAGUUUAGGUCACCCACCGUCGGGCUGUCUGUCUGUUGGGUUGUCGGGCUGUAUGUCAGUCGGUCGGUCGGUCAGUCAGUCAGGACGGGCGAUACAAGGACGAACCAUAGCGAAAACAUAAGUGAAAUUGAUAUAAACAGCAAUUAUUCUAUUUUUCAAACUUCAGAGCAACCUAGAGUGGUAGUUAUAUACAAAGACAAUAAAAGUUGUGGCAUUUACAUUUUCAA